AUGUCCGAAGACUGCGCAAAUCCUCUGCUGCUGGGCUGGAUCAAAGAAUGGCUUGACCAAGCUCGGGAACGCAACAGCAAGGGCAUUACUGUCUACAAGAAAGCUUACGAUUCCAUGAAAGCCUGUCCUCUACGUUUUGAGCACCCAGCUGAAGCACAGCAGCUUCAUGGCCUGGGACCUAAGCUUUGCGACCGCUUGACCGAUAAAUUGAAGGCGCAUUGCACUGAGAAUGGGCUCCCUAUGCCCAAGGUGCGCCGUGGUGUCACAAAACGGCAGUUGAACGAUUCUGCGCCGCUCGAUGAAGGUCUGGCUCCAGCACCAAAGAGAGUUCGAAAGGUCAAAGCAUACGUUCCAACGUUGCGAUCUGGGGCUUAUGCUCUUAUCGUUGCCCUUGCAACAAUUGGUGAGAACACGUCGCAGGGACUGACCAAGGCCAAUACGAUCGAGUUGGCACAGCCGCAUUGCGACUCUUCCUUUACAGCGCCAAGUGAUCCGACAAGAUUCUUCACGGCAUGGAAUUCAAUGAAGACCUUAAUUGGCAAGGAUCUUGUAUAUGAGCAUGGGAGACCGCUCCGGCGCUACAUGCUCACAGAAGAAGGAUGGGAAGUGGCCAAGAGGAUCAAAGGCACAGAGGAGGGUUCCGUUCUCAAUUCGUUGGUGAAAGGGCCUUCCAGAGAGGAAAGUUCCGAAAGACCUACAAGGAAGACAAAGACUGCUGCCACGUCGAACAAAAGGGACGUUGCGCACAACCAGGGGCUAAUUGACCUCGACGAAAUAAGUUCUGCCGACGAAAUACAUCAAUCCGAUGCCCCGUUAGGACAGAGGAGUCAAAUUGGGGAACAAAUGCAUUUGCAAGUAGAUACGCUCCCAAAUUUCUCUCCCAUCGUGUUUCCACCUGGCUCGUGCACCGUUAAUCUUGUUCUUGACUCUCGUGAAGUCCGUACUCUCAAAGACAGGGAGUACAUAUCUGAGGAGCUUCAGAAGAAAGGUAUAUCACCCAUCACGCGCGGCCUUCCUCUGGGAGAUGCCCUUUGGAUUGCCCGUCCAAAAUCGACUCAUGAACAGCUACUCGCUAGAGCCAACAUUGGCGAUGACGAAGAAGGAAGCAAUGAAUUUGUGCUAGACCAUAUCAUUGAGCGCAAGCGCCUGGACGACCUCAUCUUCAGCAUCAAGGACGGCCGAUUCCAUGAGCAGAAGUUUCGGUUGCGACGAUCUGGGAUUCCAAACGUGACGUACAUCAUCGAGGAUUUCUCCAUUUCGGCAGAAAGAGGGGACAAGUAUGGUGAAGCAGUCUCAAGCGCAAUCGCCAAUACGCAAGUUGUAAAUGGUUAUUUCGUCAAACAAACAGGGAAGCUAGAUGAUACCAUCAGGUACUUGGCGAAGAUGACAAACAUGCUGCAGGAGAUAUAUGACAAAAAGAGCUUGCAUGUCAUACCUUCAGCAGUUUUGCACCCUCAGACCUAUCUGCCGCUCCAAACAAAGCUGCGGGUUGAGCAGCCGGACCAAGGACAUUACAUCACAUUCUCCGCGUUCUCAUCGUUAUGCUCGAAAUCUGAUGCGAUGAGCCUGAGAGAUGUAUUCCUGAAGAUGCUGAUGUGUACUCGUGGUGUGACGGGUGAGAAAGCCUUGGAGAUCCAGAAGAAGUGGAAAACACCAUACGCUUUCGUCGAGGCCUUCGAAAAAUUGGACGGCGAAGCUAGAGAACGGAUGGUGUUUGAGCAGCUAGGAACGUUUGUGCCAAGGAAAAAAGUCGCGCCAACAUUGAGCGCGAAACUUGCUGAAGUCUGGAGUUGA